AUGGGUUGUCGAUGCGGCAAGAAGCGAAAGGAUAGCCAAGAACUCACCGAUGUCGAGAGAGCCAUCGAGAUCGUCAUCAACAACUUCCACUGUUACGCCGUCAAGGGACACAAGGAAUGCCUCACGCCCAAUGAAUUGAAAGACCUAGUUGGACAGAGGCUGCCACAUUUAGCCAAGGGAGUCGAACCUUUGGAUGAGAAGAUUGAAUGCUUGGGUGAUAACGAAGAAGCGAAACUCCAGUUUGGGGAAUACUGGGACAUAAUGGGAGACGCCGCCAAGGGAUGCCGCCUGCCGAAGAAGUGAAGAGCCGAGUUCAAAAGAAGACAAGUGUGGACCCCAUUUGCGCAGAAGCACCGGGAGAUCUCAAAUGUGUUUAUUUCAUGCAGUGUUAAUUAUUGGGGGGGAUUCAUUCGAUCCACUCGAUUUUCCUAACCUAGGUGGUUCUUGUUCUUGAUAUCAAGAAAUUUUUCAAACCCCCCGGAGCCAGAAGACAGAAAUUUCAUGCAGGGGGGGAGGAAAAAAAAAUUAAAGUCUUCUCAAAUUUUAAAU